AUGACUGCUAUUUAUGUUUAUAUUUUAUCCGAUGGAAGAAUUCAUGGCUUUGAUGGUCCUUCACCAUCCCUAAGGGUACUUUCUGCACCAGUGCAAGGCCCUCCGACUCUUCCUUCGUUCAAGGUAUUGGCUUAUGCAGAUGACCUUUGUGUUUUUCUUUGGAAUCAGGACGAUUUACGAGCCUUUCAGGAGCUUGUACGGCUCUGCCGCGCAAUUAUUUCCACUGCAGACAUCAGUCAGUGGCAUGGUCGCACCUCUGACGAGCCUCUGAAGUAUCUGGGCUACCCGAUAAUCCACUCUCACUCGCAACGUCAGAUUUUCUUGUCUAAUCUGGUUGCCAGACUUAAGCGUAGCUGCUAUAUGCACAAAUGUCGCAACUUGUCUGUACGUGGAUGCGCGACCGUGUUGAAUACACUUCUCCUCUCCAAAAUAUGGCAUGUGUUACGCGUUAAUUGGAUUCCUAAGGAAAUUUUGGAUAAAAUUACCUCCAUCGGCCGCCAAUUUGUUCAACAUCAUCAAUUUCCCUAUAUCAGCUACAAUGUGUUGCUGCAACCUACACAACGCGGUGGCCUUGGCCUUCUCAAUCCUGCAAUUCAACAAAGCCUUCUCGCAUAUCGGGUGGCUCACGCCAUUUCUGUUGUCUGA